AUGCGCGAUAGUGUUUUAGAUAAAAGUUAUGUUUCCUUGCAAAAAAUAAGAAGUUAUAUUGUUAAAUUAAAUUACGAACGGCGCAAAACUCCAAUUUUUGACCAAAAACUCAAUGAGGCAAAAGCCAUUUACUUGGAAGUAAAAAGAGAAGUAUCCUCGAUUAAUCAAAAAAUAUACAACUCUGAACUUGAUGACUCUGAAAUCCGCUUAGUUAACGAAUUACUAGUAAAAAUUAAUAAACUUUAUGACGAGAUUCUAAAUUUUAAAGAUAAGCAAACCGAAGCAGCAGAAAUGGCUUCAUUUGAUCUUAAAGUUGCUGUUAGUUUGUUACCAAUUAUGGAUGAUACCGAGAAUACUACGCAAAAACUUAUCGACGCAAUAGAACUUUACGAUUCUAUGCUUAAUAAUGAAGGUAAACCUUUAUUAAUUAAAUUUGUUCUGAAAACUAGGUUGUCAAACAGUGCAAAGUUGAGACUUAGUACUAGUUAUAACUCAGUAAAUGAUCUAUUGGGUGACAUUAAAAAGCACUUUUUAACUAUUAAAUCUGAUAGUGCUUUGCAAUUGAAGUUAUUUCGUUCUAAACAAGGCGAUAAAUCUAUUGAAAGUUUUGGAAAAGAUUUGGAGGAGCUAUUCGUUAAUUUAACAAUAUCUCAGGCAAAAGGAGAUGAAAAUGCUUACAACGUAUUGAAACCAAUAAACGAAAGAAAUGUCACUUGCGAUGUUAUGCAUGACUUAUGCGAAGGAGUUCACCGAUAUAGUAUGGCCGUUUUAAUCGAUAAUUUAAUUAGAAAGAAAUAUUUCACAUUGGAUAACCUAAAUGCUAGAAUAAGAUAUUUUACAUAUCAAAUUUCUGAAAAAAAUGUUCCUCCUCCCGUAACAAAACAACAUUUAUUAAACGGAUGUAUUAUUUUCUCGGCAUCAGAAAUGUUUGAUUUAAUUCCGGAUAAUGAAGCUUUAUGGAUAUAUUAUUUAAGCUUAUUGGAAAUUACACAAAUUUUAACUAGUCAAUCAAUAACUACUUCAAUUUUACAGCAUCUAGAAACUCUCAUUGAUGAACACCAUCAGACGUUUCUCGCUCUUUUUAACACUUCUUUGAAACCCAAAUUUCAUCUUUUGGUACAUUAUGUUCACAUAAUAGAAAAAAUUGGUCCUCCUAUUUUCAUUAGCAGUUUCAAAGAUAAUCUAAACAUUGCCAGAAACAUCGAAGAUAGAGCUAAUUGUCCCAACUCAGUCACAGAUAAUCACACAGGCAAAAAAUGUUUCGUAAAUUUUGAUGAAGAACAGCAUAAAAUACAAACCUCUUCAAUGGUAAAGGAAUUAGCUUCAACUACUGAAAAUAAUGAAGGGUUAGUUCCUGAUUUAGAGGAUGAUCAGAGUAUAAACUCAGAUACAGAUUCUAGAAGCUCUUCAAAAAAUCCUUAUUCUUCAGAUGAUUCAAUAAGGGAUCCGGAUUACGAAAGUUCUUCAAGCAGUUCUAGCAGCGAUAGUGAAUCUGAAAAUAAUAAUGUAGGUCCUGGUAAUAUGCACAAUUUGGAAGAUACUGAAGCUGACCCUCAGAAGAAGGCUAAAAAAAGAAAAUCGUGUCCCGAAAAUUGGCGAAAGAAUAUUUUAAAACGGCUAAGGAAUUCAGGAAAGUCGUAUGUUUCUUGUGGCAAGAAACAUCAACAGGUCGCAGAACGAAAAAAAGGCCCACCUUGUAACGACACUAAGUGCAGAUUAAAAUGUAGCUUAAAGAUUCUGGGCGACAUACGAGAAGCUAUUUUCACAGAUUACUGGAAUCUAGGUGACAUAGAAAAACAGCGAUGCUUUUUGAUGGCAAAUAUGGAACAAAUAAAUCCCAAAUACCGAUACGUCAGGGAUGGAAGUUAUCGCAAACCUAACCAUGCUUUUUAUUUUACAGUUGGCGGCAAAAAACACCGCGUCUGCAAACUGUUUUUUAGGACAACGUUAGCGAUGAGGGGCAAGCAUGGAAAGCAUACACGAGUGGAUGAAGAAAUUAAAGAUGACGUUCGAAAUCAUAUUGAUUCAAUUCCCAGAAAAGAAAGUCACUAUUCGCGUGAAGGCACUUCCAGAGAAUUUAUAGACGGUGGAAAAUCAUUGGCAGACAUCCAUCGUGACUAUGUGGCUAUUUCUAAAGCUAAAGAGCGGCACUAUGCGAAUUAUCUUAUGUUUAGCAGAAUUUUCAACACUGAAUAUAAUAUUUCCUUUUUCAUACCCAAAAAAGAUCAGUGCGAGGAUUGUAUCGCAUAUUUUAAUGCAUCGGAGGAAGAUAAAGUGACUUUAAAAGAAAAAUACGAUACACAUCUUCGCGAGAAGGAGCUUUCUAGACAGGAAAAACAGAACGACAAAAAAAACAAUGACGACAAUACGAUUAUUGCUGUAUAUGAUUUACAGGCAGUACUGCAGUGUCCCAGGGGAGAUGUGUCUAGUUUUUAUUAUAACUCAAAGCUGAACGUGUUUAAUUUUUCAAUAUACGAAAUGAAGACUAACACUGGGCGAUGCUUUGUUUGGGAUGAUUCCGAAGCAAACAGAGGAGUUUGCGAAAUAGGCACCUGUGUAUUCAAAUACCUUCAAAACCUGGAAACAUACGCAACUGAAGAUAAAAAAUUAGAUGUAAUAUUCUACUCGGACAAUUGUUGUGGGCAACAAAAAAAUCGAUUUAUGUUUGGAAUGUAUUCGUAUGCUGUUCAAAAUCUCUCAUUUAUUAAUUCUAUAACACACAAGUUUCUCAUCAAAGGUCACGCUCAAAAUGAAGGGGGUAGCAUGCACUCUGUUAUCGAAAAACAAAUUAAAAAGGCUCUUAAAUCUGGGUCCAUAUACGUUCCUCAACAGUACAUUACUCUUAUGCGGACCACAAAAAAAUCUGGACAGCCUUACAUAGUAACAGAAGUUAGUUACGAGGAUAUACUGAACCUUAAAAGAUCUCAUUACUAUCGGAUCUAA